AUGACGCCAAAGAUCUCCUUUGAAGAGUUAUUAGUGCGCAAUGAAUUGGACCAGAAGCCGGUGGUGUCAGUCGAAGGCGAUCAACUGUAUCUCAUCGAGGGCAGAGGCGAGUACGCCGGAGGCACGCGCUUGGAGACGCCGGAGAAGAUCGAUGCUGUUCGGGAGCGGUGCGAUGACGACAAUGUGAACGCGGUGACGACGUCCGCGGUGACGACGCCCCCCUCUGCGACGACGUCCGCUGAGACGAAUGCCGACGCGCCCGUCCAGAAAGCAAUGAACAAGGGGUCGUGGAGCGAGGAGGAGAAACAGAGGGCUGUCGCCGCGGCUAACGAGUUCAAGUCCAAGUCCAAGUACGGCGCCUAUACGUUCAUCGCGGAGCAUGUCGGCACUCGAAACGCGGAACAGGUUCGUGCGUGGCUUAAUACGCAUGGGAAGAAACUCCAAGACAUCCCUCAGUAUCUCAAGCAGACUCGAGCCUAUGAGAAAUUAAACAUUGAUGUUGAUUCCUCGGAUGAGAGGCGCAAAGUGCACGCCGGGCGACAAAACCUAAAACGUCGCGCGGUGGGCGCGGAUGGGAAGACCGGCAACGAACGCCGUGCCGAAGCGAGACGCACGGUGGUGGGCGCGGAUGGGAAGACCGAGAACGAACGCGCUAACGAAGCGAGACGCGCGGUGGGCGCGGAUGGGAAGACCGGCAACGAACGCCGUGUCGAAGCGAGACGCACGGUGGUGGGCGCGGAUGGGAAGACCGAGAACGAACGCGGUAACGAAGCGAGACGCGCGGUGGGCGGCGCGGUGGGCGCGGAUGGGAAGACCGGCUACGAGCGCCAUAACGAAGCGAGACGCGCGAAGCACGCCGAAGAGGUGACGAUCACGACCAAGGAGGGCGAGACCUUGGACAAAGUGACGAUCGCUCGCGGCGGCGAGAUCGAGCCGAAGCGCUCCGACGCCGACAUCUCAUUCGCCGCGGAGGCGUGGGUCAAGGCAGCGCUCGCGGGGAUGGAGGAGAUGUCCAAGGUGGGGAAGGUCGCCUCGGUCGGUAUUCAAGCCACGGCGCUUCAUCGAGCGUCGGACGAGGGGUGUAAUCUUCUGCAUCGGGAAAACGUUCGAGAGCUUCUCGCCGAGCGCGGUCUUCUCCCCAGUGGCGUCCACCUCGCGACGUUUGACUUCAACUUUCGCGCUCGCGGCGAGACGUGCCUGAGACUGGAAAAAGCGGUACAGCAGCGGUUCAUCGUCAUGCGCGACGCGGGCGAAGUGCACCUUCUGUUCAACUACGCGGGCAGGGGCACGCUGAGGUGCAACAUCACCGGCAUCAACCAGACGGUCACCGUGUCCUUCGCGUGCGACAAGAGAUGCGGAUCGAUCACGAAGGAGGACAUCGAGCGGGUGCUCGCCUCGUUCGACGCCGUGCUCGGGUCAGAGGAGAACGCGCAUUUGGGAUUACGCGCGAAGGUCGCGGUGAACGCCGAGCACGAUGGGGCGGAAGGGGUCGUGGCGAUGCUCGAGACGAUCCUUCGGGACAAGAACGUGCCAAUGGCGUUGGUGAUUGAGUUCUUCUACAUCCACUACAACAAAGACUUGAGGUACAAGACGGUCGGUCUGCGUCAACAGAUGGCUUUGCGGGUGAUUGAAAAGCGAGGGUGGGGGACGGUCAAAGGGUGA